GAUGGUUCGGUCCUGUGAGUCCAGGGAUCGAGCUCCUAGCCGUUCGAGCUACAAUAAGUUGUGAACUAUGAAACGGUCGCUGCGACUUUCGGCGUUUAUUAGAUGAAUAAAUCUGUCGAUUCUAACGCCAUGUGAGAGGACGGGUUUGUACGGAGAAGUGCCAAGAAGCUCAAUGGCAAUCUACAACUUCACAUCAGGCUCGUAAUCUUUGUCAGCGUCGCACUAAUGGCUGCUCAGUCAAGCGUACGCGAAGAACUGGACGUCCUGCGGAGGAAAGAAUGGGCACGGAGGAACCAGGAAACCCAGCAGGAUAAGGAGCUGUACCAGGAAAGUACGCCGCUCUUCAGGGAGCCUUACAAGACAAACAAAGGCGAUGAACUGUCCAGCCGCAUCCAGAAGAUGCUCGGUAAUUACGAGGAUGGGAACAACCUCCAGUAUAACCAGUAUGAAGCGAUACCCAGGGAUCGACCCCCUUCAUCGUCGCACGGACGUUCGGGUCAUUUCAUGAACAAGGACAAAAAGGAUCCCUCAUUCCAGGGUACGUCGUCAUAUGGAAGCACUAAACAAGGCCAAUCAAGCGGUCACAGCUCAUCGCAGCCUUCAAAGAAGUUCCCGAUCCUAGACUUCUCCAUCCCGGUCCAGAGCAAACAAGGUCUUGUCAAAACCCAUGAAACAAAAACUGACCCCUGGGCUGUCAAGAAAGACUAUGCCACUUUACCGCCUGUUCUUCCAGACCUUUCACCACCUGCAGAACCCUUGUCCCCUUUACAUUCCAGCGAAUCAGAACAGGACAUGGAGGAAAUCAACAAUGCAAAGGAGCGAUCUCUUUCCCCCCACUGCAAAGGUUCUUCUGAAAGGACAGUGCCGUCGCAUAAUCCAGAGACCCAGCAAAAGGAAGUGUCUCACCUCGGUGGAGACGCCCCGAUGCCGGCUUCCCAGACCUUUCCGCUUCCGCUUUCUUCCAAGCCCAACUUGGCCAACUCUAGGAAACCCAUGGCGCUGGUUCGACCCAUGGAUGGACCCGACCAGGUCAACAGCGAGUCUCCGGACCUAAAACCAUCACCUAAUACCUAUCACGGACAGUCUUAUGAAAACUUGUCCGAUCUGAAGACGUCUGUAAGCAAGCCAAACCUUCCGCCCCUUAAGAUCCCGUCGCAGUCCGUAGAGAUGCUGUCAAAUGAGGUUCAACGUGUGGAGGAGAUUCUCAGAGAAAUGACCCACUCAUGGCCUCCUCUGCUAACGGCCAUUCAAACCCCGAGUACAGCAGAACCAUCCAAGUUCUCCUUUCCUAACAAGGAGUCUAGUGUUCAUCGUGGAUACCAGCCUCAAAAGCACAGUGAAUCACCACCGAAAGCUCCUCCGUCACCCGUUCACCAGCAGCCAGCUGAGUGUGAAGAUGGCGGCAGGGCCGUGUCCAGUGACUCAGAGAGCAGCUCAGAGUCUGAAUCUGACAGCGAGAGCAGCGACAGCGGUACGGACGAGACGCCGACUGCUUCCAGGAGUAACACAUCACCAGCGAAGGCAGAGGGGCUGAAAGACAUCAACUGGCAGUUGAUCAGUUGGAUUAAGGAGAGCCAGCCGAGCCUGAACCCUCAGAACCAUGCGGAUGUUUCAGCAAAACCCAACUCCAAACCUGCAACCAGCACCAAAUCACAAACGCACACUCAUGCCGAAGAAGAUCAGAAGCCCAAAAACAAGAAACACUACAACUCCCGUACUCCUCCCGCUCAGCCCGAGUUGGGCGGCGCCAAUCCCGAAUCCAAACCCGCCCCCGUGAACCAAGACGCUACCCACAAACCUGCUCCUAACGCCGGUACGGAGGCAGGAACCCGCAAAACAGAUCAACACCUGAGCAAGAGCACCAAAGCUCAUAGCAGCCUGCACGUCGAAAGCGUGGAGGUCACGCCCCGCAACAAAGACGCCACGUUCACAGAACGGCCAAAGGUCAAGACGAAAACUAGCCAUGAGAAGAAAUCUGAGAGCAGAAAAUCAGCCAAAUGUUGCUUGUUGGAAAAAAGAGACAGAAAAGAAGUGCCUGCUAAGGCUGGCACGACGGUGCUGGAGGAGAAAAAGGAGGCGGAGCCUGUUCGCCUGUCCUCGCCGUCACCCAAAAACAGCGUAACUGUAACUCAUACGCCCUCCAAGAACUCCAAAAAGAGCCGGGCUCGCUCGCCAACGACAGACAAGAAGUCCAAAUCCAUGCCAUCCAAAUUCAGCAUGGAUCUUCCUCUGGCUCUGGUGGUAAAGAUCCAGCUCAGCCACUUGUCCAGAAUCCCACAGGUACCCAAAGCAACAAAGACGGUAACCAGCGCUCGUGUGGAGAAGCCUUUAAAGAAAUCGUGCCAGGAGAAAGACCCUGGUAAAGUGAGCAAGAAGAGACCUGCUGAUCACAGUGAUCUCUCUGUGCCAAAAAAGAAGCUGAAACUGGAAAAGGACAGAGAGGGAAAAGCGUCGACUUCGUCUCAGCACAACUCCAUCAAAAUAGAAGCACCGAGGAGCAGCCGCGACGAGACGGACAGGAAGAGCAGCGAGAAGGUCCACGCUCCUGUUCCUCUCGACCCGGGACACAAACGCCGCUGUGGAGACAUGGAGGAGAGCAGCGGCUCCAGCAGCAAGCACAAGAAGAAGAGCUCCAGCCGAGAGGAGCGUAACAAGAGCGACAAGAAAGCACCGAAGAAAAGCUCUUCGGCUCCGGAGUCGUCGUCUUCCUGCGGAGUCCCGGCCGCUCACAGACCUCUGCUCAAGUUCGACGACAAGCCGUACUCUGUGGAUCAUCAUAUGAAGGAAGCUAAAAAGCUGAAGCACAAAGCCGACGCCAUGGUGGAUAAAAUGGGUAAGGCCUUGAGUUACCUGGAUGCUGCCAUGUCCUUUGUAGAGAGUGGCAUCGCCAUGGAGACAGAUCCCCAGACGCCCAAAUCGGCUUACACCAUGUUUUCCGACACCGUCGAUCUUAUCAGGUUCAUCCUAAAGCUGAAGAACUACUUGGAUCCGUCGGCUCCUGCGUCAGAGCGAGACUUCUUGGUCCUGUGUAUGCGAUGUCAGGCUCUCCUCCAGAUGGCGAUGUUUCGCUGCAAAAGAGAAUCAGCCAUGAAGUAUUCUCGCACACUCACUGAUUAUUUUAAGAGCUCCAAGACCAUGCAGGCUCCUUCCCCCUGCAUCUCCAAGGGCUCGUCCCCGAUGUCCCCGAUGCCGUCUCCGGCGAGUUCCAUCGUCUCCAAUCCCGGCAGCAGCGGCAGCACUGUGUCCAUUCCUCAGCUCAUCCAGCAGAUGGCGUCAUCCUACAUCAACAUCACCGCUCUCUUCCUCAGCGCUCACGAGACGUGGGAGCAGGCCGAGGAGCUGGCACGCACACGUACAGGUCUGUUAAGUGAUCUGGACAAGCUCCUCGGCCGCCUGAGUUUGACCUCCAGCAUGACUGCUCUGGUGCGUUACACUCUACAAGGCCUCCACUGGCUCCGACUGGACAACGCGAAUCCUCGCAGCGACCCGUGAGCUGUGUGUGUGUGGGUGUGUGUGAGAGAGAGAGAGAGAGAGAGAGAGAGAGAGAGAGAGAGAGAGGGAAAACUGGCGUCUUUUAAAUAAUUUUUUGUUCCACUUCUGGGAUGACGGAAGUCUUUUUGCACUUCGUUAUGAAAGAAAGCGAGUUGACAUGAAGGUGUUGGAGGAGCAGAUGAUGCUGAUGUUUCCUCACACCGAGAAGAAGCUGAAAAUCACUGGAAUCACACACACACACACAAACACACCGAGUGAGAGUGUGUGCACAAGAGCAUUAACGACUUCAUCUUUAUUUUCUAUCCCAUCACCGCUCUAAAGGACAAACGGAGGGCCUGAAGGACAGGACGUCCACACUACACGCUUAAACUUUGCACUCGUUUCCUCUUAUCAUGUGACUCGUUAAUUUAAACCCCUGGUUUUUCAUAUCUACUGUGGAAAACCUAAAAAACUGUGAUUUCACUAUUAUUUAUUUCAUUGAUAUUAUUAUCAUUAUUAUUAUUACUUAUUAUUAGUAAUAUAUUGAUAUGGAGUUUUUGAUUUUUUUUUACCCUGAUGUUGAGGCUUCCAACUGACAUGAUAGGAAUAUGUGAUUUUUUUUUUUUUUGGAAGUCAUUUUCCCAUAAUGGAGCUCAGAAGGACGCAGCAGAACUGGUUUAUCUCCACAUCCGCAGUGAAGACGUACUGGAUCCAAAUAUGAAUUAUAAAGCCACUGGUUUUGUUUUUUUGUUUUGUUUUGUUUUGGUUUCUUCCAAAUUUGAAAUCGGUUAACACAAUAUAAUUCUACCUCAAGAGGACACCAGAGGCAGAGGAACAAAUAACACACACACAAACACACACAAACACACAGGUGAACGUACUAUCGCACCUGUAGGAGAGAAAAUACUUGUGCCUUAAUAGUGAAACACAAAAGGAUGCGUGUAGAAAAAGAGCUCGUGACGGUUGUAGCGAUCAUAAUCUGAGUUUUUUUUUAACGGUAUCUGACUCCGGAUGCGGUUUCAGUCUUCGUGGAGCGUAAACAUGCACUUUUCAGGGAGGAAACAGAAAAACUGGAAAAUCCGCCGUGUCCUGUUCCGAUUUUGUAGCCAGAUCGAGAUAGAGUGAAGGUGCCAAUACUUACUAGCUGUAGCAUUUCAUCAUUUUUGACCUGUUGCUAUGGCAACAAAGGAUCACUGAAACUCGUUCAGCAGAUACACCGAAGGGGAAACUCGAUGAUGAUGAUGAUUAUUAUUAAAGUUAUCACUCUUUGCAUUCUCACUAUUUAUCAUCCAUCAUUCGUCUGUUCCCUCAGUCUCGUCCUGUCACAGUCGUCUGUGUUGUUUUGUUUAGUUUUUUUUUUCUCGGUGCAUUAAUUUCUCGCCCCGUGUCCUCGGGUCCGACUUCUCCCUGAGCUUUAACCUCUCGUUAUCUCUGCGUUAAUAUCGACGUCAGACCCUUUAACAAAAGCGACGGAUGCCAGAUAAAAAAAAAAAAAGUCAGUUGUCGGUUUUUUAUUUAUUUAAGAUUUAAGCGCCAAACCGUUUAGCGAAUAAAAUCAUCGUCGAGGCGUCGCCUUUCCCACGAUUUUCUUUGAAAGACGUCACUUUUGGUGCGAUCCGCUCGUUUCCAUGGUGACGGUACAUUCCAGGGAGGUUAACGUUUCACUUUGCGUUUCUGGCGACGAGCCGAGAAAAAAAACAACUUAACAAAACAACAAAAUCAGCCAAUCAGAAAGUAGAGUUUUUCAGUGUUAUUUAUGAUUACUAUGGGUUUUUUUUUAAUUUCAUUAUUUUAAUGACACUUUCUGAGACUUGCUGCAAUUUAAAAUUGUUCUCCACAAUUCAGCAAAUUUUGUUUGUUUGUUUGUUUUUUUUUGCAUUUUAUUUCCCCGCACCAGAAAAAACACAAGCUGGAUUUAGAGCAAUAACUUCAUAGGUUUUCCUUUUUGUUGUCCAGAGUUUAAGUGCCAUGAAAAUGACCAGCUACACACACACAUGCACACGUACACACACACACACAUACGCGCGCACACACUACACAAGCACGCGUGCACGUGCUACGCACACGCUACACACACACACACACACACACACACACACAGAGUCCUUCGAUUCUUGGUUUAAAGGUGUGUUUUGGAAAACGUUUGUUUUUAUUUCUCCUUCCUGAGAUUCCCAGCGGGAUUCCUGUACUGGAAAAGUGAACUUAGUAAAAUCGCUGAGAUUUAAAGGGCUGCACAAUGAAAUCAGAAAAGAAAAAUUGUAUUAUUGUAUUUAUUUUAUCAUGACUAUCAGUGGAAGGAAAAACUCUCGAACUCGUCAUCCUGUACAAUCAUGUAAUGUAACAUUCUUUUUUUUUUUCUUCUUCUUUUCUUCCAAAAUAAUGCUGCUUUACUCGUUCUUAAGACGCAUUUUACAUUCGCCUUUUUUUUUUCCUUUUUUCUUUUCUUUCGUCUUUGCACUCUAAACAAAAAGGUCCUGCUUGUUUUUUUUUUCCGCUUCGCUCGCUGCUUCUCUGUAAAAAAAAAAAAAAAAAAAAUCCAAACCCUGUGUGUCUGAGUUUGUUUCUGUUUUGUUGUGCAAAACGAAGCGUGUUCUUUCUUCUCAUUCAAACGAAAAGAAAAAAGAAAGGAGGAAAAAAAAAACACUUUUCGAUCAAACUGUGUGGAAUCCUUUUGUAAUUUUGCCUUGUUGUAAAUAACGUCAUGUACAGCGCUGUGUAAAGGACGGCAGUGAAAUGAGUUGUUUUUGUUUCUUUUUCUUUAAAUUUCAAAAAAAAAAAAUUUUUUUUGUUUUUUUUUUGUUUUUGUUUGUUUGUUUGUUUUUUCCAAAGCUGUUCACGCAGACCUUUGUAGCUUGGGUGGACAAGCGAGGGGACGAGAUACCGAUCAUCAGUUCCUCUCAGAUCGCUGACCACGGCUCUGAUUUUUGUCUGAUCGUUAACAGGCAAUAAAGUUUUGGGGAAAAUA